UACAUUAUCACAAGAAGCAGUUAUGUGUAUACGAAAAGACAGAGGCUGAUGUCGUUCAAGUCCAGUAAGCCAGCAACUCUUGUGGUGAACGAUUGUUUUCUCUACCGGCUUGAAACAUGUUGCUGUGCUACUGUUUUCUGUUGUUUGGUUUGGCGACAAACCAGGUUUGGACAGACACAGUAAACAGGUCUCCAUUCCGUGAGGGUAUUGAAUAUCGAUACGAAUGGGAGGCAUCAAUCGAAAGUGAAUCGGGCGUCAACAAUCAAGUAGUCACGUCGACUUGGCUUCGUGGGCAACUUUAUGUCAUCUCAAAAGUUGAAGAUUCCAAAUGGCGCUCACUUCUUAAAAUCAAGAACAUUUCGCUGGCUAUUCAGCAUGGCGAUAAGGGCGACAGUACAACUGCGCCCCCUGGCAAUACAUUUAUCGAGUUGACUGAACUGAAUGAACAGUUGAGCAAACCAUUCCAUCUCCUCUACUCAGGAUCUAAAGUGGGAGCUGCCGCUUUUCUCGACGAUAAAGAACCCCUCUGGUCGACCAACUUCAAGCGUUCGAUUUCUUCUAUACUGCAAGUUGAUCUGUCUGGCAUCAACAAUAGGAUCUAUACUGACCAUGAGUUAUCGCUGUAUGGAAAAUGUGGCGUCAACUACUACUCUUCUCCGCUCCCUGAUAACCAAUAUAGAGUCACGAAGUAUCGCGAUUUGGACUCUUGCCCAGAAAAACUCGGUCGAUGGAGAACUUUUAUCGACAUGCCGUCCUGCUCCGGCGGAGAACAUCAGACUAUAGCAGGACUAACUAGCACGACACGUUACGUAGUAGCACCCAACAGAGGCUAUCCAGAGCUCCUAAAAAUCGAAUCGUCUAGUGUCGUCUGGCUGGAUCCGUUUGGAGCCGGCAAGUCAUCCAUGAAAAGCAAAACCAACCUCACGAUGCAUUUGGAAAAAACACGCCGUUCCUCAGAGUCGCUUAGCCCUUCCAAGUUGUUGUUCAAAGAUCAAUUGAAGUUUGUCUUUCAACGUGAAAAUGACAAGCGGGUGGACCUGAAGGCGGCACAGAAUCUCAUGUUGCAUCCUGAAUCACUUAUCUAUGGCCAAGAGAAUCUUCGUCGAAGGACCCAACUUGACUUGAUCAAUGCUGUAGAAUUUUUAUCAGCGGAAUCCUACACCUCAGAACAGCGGAUCAGUUUAGACGUACUGCCUCUGUCCUCAGUCUCCUAUCAACUGGGCUCUUUAGAUUACAUCAACGCAAAAGCCUUGUAUAAAGAACUGGCUAUCGCUCCCAAAAACGAAAAACUUCAUACAGCCAGGAACCUCUUUUUGGAUUUGAUUCUCCACUCUGGGAGCAAUGUCGGUGUUAUUCUCAUCAGAGAUUUGAUCCUUGAAGGACAGCUGGAUGUAUGGACAGCUGCCCGCCUUGUAGCUUACGCCGGUGUCUACGUCAAAGAGCCAUCGGAAAAGCUACUGCUAGAAUUCUUGCAAAUUCUCGAUGCAAAAAUUUUGGGAGAAGGUGAUCAAUUGAGCGUCUUUAAAAACGCAGCCAUUUUGGCUGUGGCUAGCCUCAUUGGGAAAACUUGUUCUGAUAGCCCUUCAAGUUGUCGAUCCGUUAAAAUAGAAGAAUGGCAACAAAAAUAUUACAAAAUUGUAGCAGCAAGUUCGUCUUCGUUUGCUGAAAGAGCUCUUUACGUGCAUGCCUUGCAAAAUAUUGGCUACGGAUCAGUGCUAGAUCUUAUUUUGGAAAUGGCGACGAAGAGGGUGGCCCUUGAUGACGAGAGCGCUAAUGAUUUGAGGGUUUACAUUAUUAAAGGACUAAAUCCUUACAAGAAACAAGCCAAGGUUUUGAAUAUUAUACUGCGAGUGCUCAGGGACGUCAAGGACAGUUUUAGAGUGCGGAUUGCCGCCGCCCAGGUUAUCCUCGACGAGUUCGUUAGCGCAGAAAUGCUUGAGCAAAUGCGACAACUCCUGUCCGACGAAAAAAACAGCCAAGUCCGCAAUUACGUAAUCUCGGCCAUUAAAACUAUUGCCAACAGUCACAAUCCUUGCAACAGUCUUCUGAGAGAACAGGCAAAGCAGCUUGUCAAUUCACUGGUUGGCGAAAACAUGAGCGAAUCGAGUAGUUCGGCUGAGUAUGCCUACGAUUUUCUGGACAGCGCUUCCUUGUUUGGUAGCCAACUCAAUUUAAGGACCAUCAGUUCGGAAUUCGACGACCUGCCUGGUUACGUGGCCGGCAAAGUUCUCUAUUUUGUCAAAGGAGUCACCGUUCAACCCUUUUCGUUCACAGUGCGGAUGUCGGGUAUGCGGAAAUACAUAACAAAUCUUUCCAGUUCGACCCUACAAAAGGAAGACUUGGUAAUGUCCCGUAUUUCCGCCACGAUGGAUGAUUUCAACUUUGCUCCUAGACGGGAAUUGGGUGUAAGCAGCUUGGACGUUGUGUUCAAAUUACAUGGAACGAUAGUCAUGUUCUAUAAUUUCGACAAAAACUUCCUCGCAUCUGCUUUGGCAUCUGCCACAAACUUGGAAUUUCUCCACGACUUGUCUUUUAACAUUCAACGCUACGCUACGACUGGCGCUCUACUUUACACCCAACCUAAUGGAUUAGGAUUGCCCGUAUCCUUUGUUUUUAGCGCACCGAUUCUCAUCUCUUUGAAAGGAUCCAUUAGCAAAACCAAACAGUCUGGAACUGUUGGCCGCCAUCUCAACUUCAAUUUAUACGGAGAGAUAUACGGAGAUCAUGGAAUUUUGACACACUUUACACCGCUAAACCUGACGCAGGGAGUAAUCCGCAACCGUAAAGCCAUUUUUAACGUGCCACUCAAUCUUGAGGUGUCAGUCGACCCCAAGAAGAUGCAAACUGAUGUUACCAUUGUCAACCCUAAAGCAACGAAUGCCAUUGAGAUAAGUUCAUUUGCUCGCACAAUCCUUACGCUCCGGCCAUCAGAGACUUCGUACGAAAAAGUCAGGCGAGCUUGUCCUCAGUGUCUACCCGUAGUCGUAAUUUUGAAAAAAGGAUCCACUUUAAAAACGGAAACUAUUGCCAAUUUAAGUUCAACCCUUUUAGGCACGGAAGCGCAUGCUCAGGUGUUCAAUUGCGACGGUGAACGUUCUGUAGGAAAACAAAUUCAAACCGUCAUUGAAGCCCUGAACCCAGUCACAAUGAAUUAUCGAGGCAAUGCUGCUGGUUGGGCGUAUUUGAGUUUCCUUCGACUGCAGCACCACAUGUUCAUCCAGCCGGAAGGCCGUCACUGCGGAUACCGGGGAAGGAUCUUCAGAUCAAAUUACCUUCCGGUUAAAGAGCUGUUCUGCCGGUUCAAAAUGAAAUCAAACAUGAGUGACGAUGCGGAAGUUUCAUGGCAAUCGGGUAAAAUGUCGGCAAAGAUCGAACUUAAUUGGAAAGGGGAAACGGUGGCUUCAGAUCGCAAGGGAGAACUAGACCUGACAUACGAAUACCGGAGUGCAGGAUCUAGAAACAAUGUCAACGUUCGUGCCUUUGUCGUUCGCUCUCCCCUGCUUAACAUCACCAAGGAUUUUAUGAUAUGCCUUAAAGCAGAUUCCGUCUUCCAGCCGACACCUGCCGACAUAAUCGACAUUUCAGGUUACAAUCAGCCCCCCGUUGCUCAAGGAUCAAUUGAAUACGUCAUGGGUGACGUCUCAUCUUCAAGUCAGUGUCCAACAGACCAAUUUCGUUUCAAAAUGGGAAUAAAGGCUUCUGCAGGACACUGGGUGAUGCAGAGGCGAAACGAGGCAAAUAUUUGGCCUUACAAGGAAUGCGAUAUAGAAAAAAAAAGUCAGAAUUGGGCUCCAGGAAUAGUUCCUCAAACGGAAGCCUGCUACCAUACCGCCUUAGACUUUACCACCCUUUCAAACUACAAUUUUGAGUUCAGAUUCGCUGCUGUCCCAUUCCAGCUGGAAAAAAUGAUGGGUAAAAUGGGCGAUUUAAUCAGCUUGUCCCUCUUGCCUUACUGGAAAACCGAACCCAACAGCAACACGGAUCAAGUAGGUCAAAGCAAAGAAGUGGGGCGAAUUCAGGUCAACGUGACUUUCCUACCGGAUAAAAUGGAUGAUGGUGGCCAAAUGGUGAACUUGCACUGGGCGACCAAUAACGUUAUUGAACGAUACGAGUACGUCAAUCUUCCUUUCGGCAACUUCCUGUUGCCUUCGACGAGCAUUCCUCGAACUACGCGAAUCGCCUAUGAGGGUGAUGUUUUCCCCUCUUGUCUUGUAACAUCGCAAUACAUCAGGACGCUGGAUAAGGUCAAAUUCAACAACUCCUUUUCACCUUGCUACACUUUAAUCACAAGUGACUGCGGAUCAAAUCCCCUUUUUGGAGUUUUUGUUCGGCGCACAGCGGGACUCUAUCCUUUGGCAACAAAGGUACAAGUUGGCGGACAUACCAUCGAAAUCAUGCCGGACGAAAGCGGUCGACGAAAGCAGUUUACCGUUCGAGCUAAUGACGUCGAAAUGGACGUUACGAAUGAUUCGUUUACUUUACCAGAGGGACGAGAUAAAUUCUAUGUUUUAAAGGUACGCUAUCAAGCUCCUAUUUACGUGAUCUCGUCACCUGGAGCUGGACUUCUGAUUCACUACAGCGGGAGUCAUGUGGCGGUAUUUCCCACCUGGUUCCACAAAAAUCAACACUGUGGUCUGUGUGGCAAUUUCGACGGAGAGACUGAUCGUGAAUGGAUAAGCCCACAAGGUUGCCCCGUUAACAACGCUACUGUACUAGUUGCCUCCUACACAUUGGGACAAACGUGCUACCCGAAUCAGGAAAAAAUUGCUUGUCCGGAGACUACGUCAUAAUUCUUUGCGUAAGAUUACUACUCCGCUCAAGCCAAACAUAUUAGAUAUUAAACGAUAAAAAAAUUUCAAGGUUUUAUUGGCACAAGUUUUGUGAACACUUACCAUUGCCAAUAACCUAUGUCAGUUUCCCCCUCUCUACCAAAAGAACAGAAAAUCUUAAGUGGCAGUGGCAUAAAAGAUUGUGUACAAUAAUACACUUAGCACUAUUCAA